UUUGAAUCAGCCGAUGCGGACGGAAUCACGGAAGAUGGAUUGGUAAACGAAGAGGUCGGACCGGACGGUGCUGGAACCGGGAAAGAAAUUCGGCCAGCUCGGAAUGCUAUAACAGAGGCAGCUGCCUACUUCCGAUCAAUCGUUUUACCCACUUACAACGAUCAAUUACCGCCAUCGAUUCAGUUUACUCGUAACGCUUCACAACUGGUUUUUCACAUUCGCAACGUAAUCGUUCUUUCUCAAAUUGCGGUUUGGGCAACUUGA